UCUCCUCAGCUCUAGCACUCUGUGGACUCUACAUCCAGGCUUCUCCAGUCCCCAGCAGCACCACACAGUCAGACAAUGCCUUGCUUCCCAGAGAAGGACCUGCAGAGAGCCUGGAAAUGAGAAUGGCAGCUCCUGAUUUACUGGACCCAAAAGCAGCUGCUCAGAACAGCAAACCAAGGCUUUCCUUCUCAGCCAAACCCACCUUAUUGUCCACCCGGGAAUUGAGGGACAUCACAGUGAAUGUGAUGAAAUGGAAAACCGUGUCUACAGUGUUCCUCGUGGUUGUCCUGUACCUAAUUAUCGGAGCCACAGUCUUCAAAGCCUUGGAACAGCCCUACGAGACUUUCCAGAGGACCACCAUUUUGAUUCAGAAGAAUAACUUUGUAUCUGAGCACUCUUGUGUGAAUGCGACCGAGCUAGAAGAACUGAUUCAGCACGUUAUGGCGGCAAUAAACGCAGGGAUAAAACCAUUAGGAAACGCCUCCAGUCAGAACAGUCACUGGGACCUGGGCAGCUCAUUCUUCUUUGCUGGAACUGUGAUCACUACUAUAGGUUUUGGGAACAUCUCGCCAAAAACAAAAGGUGGAAAAAUCUUCUGCAUUAUCUAUGCUCUUCUUGGAAUUCCUUUGUUUGGCUUCUUACUGGCUGGUGUUGGAGACCAACUAGGAACUAUAUUUGGCAAAGGCAUAGCACGAGUGGAAGAUAUCUUCGUAAAGUGGAAUGUAAGUCAGACGAAAAUUCGGAUCAUCUCAACCGUCAUCUUCAUUUUGUUCGGAUGUAUACUGUUCGUUGCCAUCCCAGCAAUCAUUUUCCAGCACAUAGAGAACUGGCAUACAUUAGACGCCUUCUACUUUGUGGUCAUCACUCUAACCACAAUUGGCUUUGGAGAUUAUGUUGCCGGUGGGUCGGAUGUUGAGUACCUUGAUUUCUACAAGCCUGUGGUCUGGUUCUGGAUAUUGGUGGGCCUUGCCUAUUUUGCUGCUGUGCUUAGCAUGAUUGGCGACUGGCUCAGGGUGCUUUCAAAAAAGACCAAGGAAGAGGUUGGCGAGUUCAGGGCGCAUGCUGCUGAGUGGACAGCAAACGUCACCGCAGAGUUCAAAGAGACCCGGAGACGACUAAGUGUGGAGAUCUAUGACAAGUUCCAACGGGCUACCUCUAUAAAACGAAAGCUAUCCGCAGAGCUUGGUAUGAGUCCAAGUCAGGAAAUGACUCCUUGCAAGAGAACCUUAUCCGUCAACCACCUGUCCAGCGAGAAAGAGGUGCUGUCCAUUAUGACAAAGAGCGACAGCAUGUAUCUGAAUGGCUUGACUCCGCACUGUGCUUCUGAAGAGAUCGCCAUCAUCGAAAACUUUAAGUAGCUCCACCUACCGACUUCACUAUCGCCUAAAUACUACAUUUGCCAUAAUUAAGACUACCAGCAUUUUUAAAGCCUGCAUGAGCUCGGAAAAUGACAUACAAAGACCACCAAAUCAGUACUGUUACAACUAUCCAAUAUGUAGUUCAAAAAAACUUAAAUUCCACAACGUCUGAUGCCUUUUGGUGCCCAGACUGUUUUCAUUUUCUUUUCUAACGUGCCAUAAAUACAUGCAAUGUUAUAUAAUAUAAUCAUAAUAAUUUGGCAAGAAAACAAAAACCUACAAAUUGGGAUGUGACUGGCAAGUGGAAGAGACGGUCCGCGGACUAUGUUUUUGUAACUGGAGAAGUCGUUAAACGAGAUACUGUACAGCCUUUAACCUAAGAAACUUUCGAUCAGUGCCUUAUAAUGCAUAUAGACACACAACCUCCAUAGCUUAUUUUUUUAAUUUAGGCCUGAGGAAUGUAUUUUAUCGGCAAAUCCAUUUUGCUUAAAGGAGGCACGCAAAUGGUGCCUCAAUGCACUUGUCAGGAAAGGAUGGAAGAUGUUUGAAACUUUAAGGUCACAUAAGUCAUUAGUGGAAUGUUAAAAACCUGGAAACAAAAUUUUUUAGGUUUCAUUUUUACUUUUUUUAUAUUGCUAAAAUAGUUGUUGAACUUAGCCUUGGUGAAGAAUCAUGGUGUUUUUAUCAAUGCCAUGACCUAGUUAGAGUCGACAUAAUACAUGUCAUAGAGGCAGACAAAGAAAAGGAGAUCCUAACUUACAUUGGCUCUUUGCGCCUUCCUCAUUGGCGUGUACCUUUGGAUUAUCAUGGGCGUGAACCUUUGGUUACUCAUGGGUCUGAACCUUUGGUUGCUCAUGGGUGUGAACCUUUGGUUGCCCCUCUUCUCCACAGUUUUAGGAAAGAGAGGGGAAACUGGCCCAAAUCUCACAUUGUCUUUUUUAACUACAAAUAAGGGGGCGAGUGAAGGAUUAAGAUGCCCCCACUUUUAAAGGUGACUUCACCCAUUAUGUAAACCCCUUGAACAUUUUAACUAAGAGGGUUUCUAUAAAAAUCAUACACGUAUGUUCACUGGUCUUUCAGAUGAGAUCCAUGACCAACCCCAGUGGAGAUGGCCAUUUUUGUUUAGGUUGAACGAGUAUCUUUAUGCCCUGAUGCCUCAAAGUUUGGCCCCCAAAAUGGCCAUCUACAUUAAGUUUGGGUUAUGAUGGAUCCACUUCAAUGCGCUGAGCUGGCAUUCUUACCGGUUUUUUUUUCUAUUUUAUACUGGAAAGUAUAGUGGUGCAAUUUAAGGGGCAGCCUUGGACUAAAAGGUCUGACUCUUGACCAAUAAUAAUAAAACAAUGAAAUUAUUUUUAAUGUUCUGAAAAGUUGUUAAAGUCGUUAACAUGUUAAAGGGGUAGUCCGAGUUCCAAAUUUUUGGGUGGCAAACUGCAGGGAGGCAGUUACAAUAAUAAGUAAAACACUUAUACUCACCUUCUAGAAUCCCCUCCAACUCAGCACUGCCACUCCGUCCUCUUCUUCAUUUCAGCAUACAGGACAGAGCGGUGGCACUUUAUCAGAGGCUGCUC